AUGGAGGCACAGAGCGGGGCAGAGCAAAUGCUGGAUAAGUACUACAGAGUGGAGAAAAUAUUUUACGUGAUUAUUGCCGCCAUUGGAGUUCUUGUGAAUUUAUUGGCGAUUGUGAUCCUGUCCCGAGGAACGUGCGGCCUCUCCAACUGCACCGCACGCUACCUAGUAGCCAUGGCAGCGGCGGAUCUACUGGUCAUUGUCACUGAGGUAAUUUUGUUUCAGAUCAGUUAUCAUUAUUUUCCAAUCAGUUUCCUAGACAUCACCCCUGUUUGCAGCGUCAUUGCGGUGCUGAGGUUCACCGCCACCGACUGUUCUGUCUGGUUCACAGUCGCUUUCACCUUUGAUCGCUUUGUCGCUAUUUGCUGCCCGAAGCUGAAAACAAAAUAUUGCACCGGGAAAACUGCGGCUGUGGUUCUAACAGCAACAGGCAUUCUGUUUUUCCUAAAAAACGUUCCACGGUACUUCACGCGGGAACCCAGAGAAAUCAUUGACAAGAUGCCGUUUUUCUGCGUACUGAUGCACAGUUAUUUCACUGACCCUGGGUGGGUGGGAUAUGACUGGUCUGAUGCCAUUUUAACACCGCUGCUCCCUUUCGCUGUGAUUCUGCUGCUCAACGCUCUGACAGUCAAGCACAUUUUAGUGGCCAAUAUAGUCCGGAAGGGUUUGUUGGGGCCGAGCAAAGGGGCGAACCAAUGUGACCCGGAACUGAAGAACAGGACGAAGUCCGUGAUUCUACUUUUCACCAUCUCAGGCAGUUUCAUCCUCCUGUGGCUGACGUUGGUUUUAGAAUUCGUCUAUUAUCAGGUCACGGGAACAGGAGCCGGUCGGAAUGUUUCAGAAAUCAUCUUCAGCGAUGUCGGGUACUUGCUCAGAAAUUUCAGCUGCUGCACCAAUACGUUUAUUUACGCGGUUACUCAAUCCAAGUUCCGGGAGGAGGUGAGGAGCGCGGUGAAAUUUGCGGUUAUCUCAGUGCUUCCAUUUGUUAGUAAUUCCGGGCCCUGA